AUGAAUAAUUAUCACGACACCGAAAGCCUCGAAUACUCCUCCGACACCUCUGAUGAUGGCCGCUUCUCUCCCCACCCUACGGGUCGCAUUAAGCGCUACACAAGACCCUUGAUCGAUUACGUGCGCAACGAAUGGCAAACUAACGCCAAAUACUCCCAUCUCGCCAACCCCGACCAGCCCUCUGAACCUUCCCGAUUCGUCCAACUCUUCCUGUCUAUUGUCACUGCGCCGCGCUUCCGUCGCUAUGUCGUGGUGUACUUGGUCCUGGUCAUAACGUGUCUGCUGGGAUGGCUGUAUAUCCUCUCUCCGCGGCUAGCGGAGCAUGCGUCGUUGUUGCGGGCGCUAGAUCCAGAGGUGAAGGAGGAAGUGGGUGGAUGGUUUGGAACGAACGCUUUUCCCGGGUUUGAUGAUGUUGUGCAGGUGAAAAAGUUGGAUAAGGAGCUUUUGCCUGAGGGGGAGGAACGGCUGAUUGUUGUGGGUGAUGUGCAGGGAUGCAUGGCAGAGUUGGACCGCCUCCUCGAAGAACUCCUCUUCGAUCCGACCAACGAUCACCUCAUCUUUACUGGAAACAUGAUUAGCCAGGGCCCCAACAGCACUGACGUUGUCGACUUCGCCCGAAAGUAUUCCGCGUCCUGUGUGCGCGGAAACAACGAAGAUCGCGUCCUUGUUAUGCGCCACAAUAUGAUCGAAGCUCAGACGUUAACUGAUACCUCUUCCGAUCAAUACCUCGAUGGGCAGUCUACAGAGCAGGCUAAGAAUGAACGUGAUCUCGCGCGUGUCCUAUCAGACGAACAAGCAGACUGGCUAGACGCCUGCCCAGUUAUUCUUAACGUGGGACAGAUUCCUACCAUGGGACAGGUUGCGGUCGUGCAUGGGGGACUGAUUCCGGGUGUGGAUCUGAAUCAUCAGGAUCCGUAUAGCGUGAUGAAUAUGUUGACCAUCGACUUGGACACCCAUAUGCCUAGCCCAGAGCGGGAUGGUAUGAUGUGGACUAAGUUCUUCAACAAACAUCAAUCCGUCGGCUAUUCAAGCUCUAAAAGCUCAAACAAAAACGACGACGAAGAUGCAGGUGCCGUCAAAGCCACCACCGUCAUCUACGGUCACGACUCGGAAACAGCCCUCAACAUCAACACCUAUACAAAGGGUAUUGACACCGGCUGUAUCGCCGGCGGAAAACUCACCGCUUUCGUGAUUAGUUCUUCUGGAGAGCAGAAUAUCAUCCAGGUCAGGUGUAACAACUACCUACCCUGA